AUGCGUCAGGUGUCCCAUGGACAGCAAAACGUGGUGCGCACCCUCCUCCGCAACAAGUGUGACGUCAACCUGAAGGUUGUCGUAGACGUAGAAGAUUAUGCCGUGAAAAUGAAACCCUAUGUGAAGCAGGACCGGCUGAAGCUGACAUGUGUCUACCCAUGCAUCGUAAAAGACGACGUGGAGAUGGUUAGGCUACUCGUGAGUGGUGGGCUUGAUGUGAACCUGAGGGAUGAGAGAGGCUGCAGCCCGCUGUGGCAUGCCGUUGACACCAACAACUACGCUAUGGCUAAGGCCUUCCUACAGAGUCCUAACUGCGACGUGAACGCGAAAGACGUGACAAAACUAUGCCCCAUUCACGUGGCUGCCAUUCAUGCCAAUGUGAAAAUUGCUUCCCUGUUGGUGCGGCACGGUGCACACGUUGAUGUCCCGACUGUCCGAGGUUCAACUCCGCUCAUCCUGGCUUGUAAAUCAGCGAGUUACGAGACAGCCCGAUUACUGUUGCUGAACGGGGCGAACCCUAACCAUGCUGGUCUCAACGGACACACGCCCAUCUCUGCUGUCCUCGAGUGCUGCCCGGACAGACUGAUCCUGGACAUACUCAUCGAAGCUGGUGCUGGCAUUGACCGAGCCGACAUUAGGAAAUGUCAAAAAGAAAAGUUGCCUUUGCUCAAGUUAUGUCCGGAUGUUUUAGAGACUCUAAAAAUAUUAGCGUCUGCUCCGCGCUCGCUUAAAAUGCUCUGUUGUCUCGGAAUUCGAAAAUGCUUGCUUGCGUCACAUUCUCGUCUGCAUUUAAUGCUCAAAGUGCAGCAACUUCCGUUACCAAACAUUGUCAGGGAGUUCUUGUUGCUGAAUCAUCUGUAAAUCUAACAUAGAAAACAAACCCAACCCCGAACUGUUUGCUACGUUACACUGACCAGUAGCAAGGGACGAGGUACCUUAAAUGUAUGUGUAGGAUAUCGAUACUUUUUUAUCCACUUUAUUGUUUGCGUGUGAA